CCCCCUGCAAAAUCUCGUUAUAUAUUAUUCAGUCCUACUCACUCACAGUAUCAGCAAAAAUUCGAACUCCAAAUCUGAGCUCAAGUGUUUGCAGCUAAUCGGAACAAUGAGGAAGUGGACGAUUCCGUCCGUUCUUUUUCUACUAUGCCUUCUGUUUCUUCUCCCGGAUCAAGGUAGGAAAAUACAGGCAAAUGCGGAAGUCGAUUCCGAUGCGGCGGUGGAUCCGCCGAAGGUGGAAGAGAAGUUAGGCGCCGUACCACAUGGAUUAUCUACUGAUUCCGAUGUCGUUAAGAGGGAAGCUGAGUCGAUGUCGAGAAGAAAUCUCCGCACAAAUGCGGAGAAGUUCGAGUUCCAGGCUGAGGUUUCGCGGCUUAUGGACAUUAUUAUCAACUCUCUUUAUAGCAAUAAGGAUAUUUUCUUGAGAGAGUUAAUCUCCAAUGCUUCAGAUGCGCUGGAUAAGAUUAGAUUCUUGUCGCUCACUGAUAAAGAAAUUUUGGGCGAAGGUGACGAUGCCAAGCUUGAGAUUCAGAUUAAACUGGACAAAGAAAAGAAAAUACUUUCCAUCCGUGAUAGGGGCAUAGGAAUGACAAAGGAGGAUUUGAUCAAGAACUUGGGUACCAUAGCCAAAUCCGGAACGUCAGCAUUUGUGGAAAAAAUGCAGACAAGUGGUGAUCUUAACCUUAUUGGGCAAUUUGGUGUUGGAUUCUACUCAGUAUACCUUGUGGCAGAUUAUGUUGAAGUGAUUAGCAAACAUAAUGAUGAUAAGCAGUAUGUAUGGGAGUCGAAGGCUGAUGGAGCUUUCGCCAUAUCAGAUGAUGAGUGGAACGAGCCGCUUGGUCGUGGAACUGAAAUCAGAUUGCAUCUUAGAGAUGAAGCACAAGAGUACUUGGAUGAGUACAAGUUGAAGGAAUUGGUGAAGAAGUAUUCUGAAUUUAUCAACUUCCCCAUAAACCUUUGGGCUACCAAAGAAGUGGAUGAGGAGGUUCCUGUUGGCGAGGAUGAGUCCAACGAUGACGAGGAAACAUCUGAUAGUAAAUCUUCUGAAGAAGAAGAGGAAGAAGAUACUGAGAAGGAAGAUGAGGAGAAGAAGCCCAAGACGAAGACAGUAAAGAAAACUACAUAUGAAUGGGAACUUUUGAAUGAUGUGAAAGCUAUAUGGCUACGAAGUCCUAAGGAAGUAACUGAUGAAGAGUACACUAAAUUCUACCACUCUCUGGCCAAGGACUUUGGUGAUGAGAAACCACUAUCCUGGAGUCAUUUUACCGCUGAAGGUGAUGUAGAAUUCAAGGCUGUGUUGUUCGUGCCUCCCAAGGCUCCACAUGAUUUGUACGAGAGCUACUACAACUCAAACAAAUCCAACUUGAAGUUAUAUGUCAGACGCGUCUUUAUCUCGGAUGAAUUUGAUGAGCUUCUGCCCAAGUAUUUGAACUUCUUGAUGGGUCUUGUUGAUUCUGACACUUUGCCACUGAAUGUGUCGAGAGAAAUGCUACAACAGCAUAGCAGCUUGAAAACAAUAAAGAAGAAACUCAUUCGCAAGGCCCUUGAUAUGAUCCGGAAGCUCGCUGAAGAAGACCCUGAUGAAUCUAAUGAUAAAGAUAAGAAAGAUAUUGAAGAAUCCGGUGAAAGCAACGAGAAGAAAGGUCAAUAUGCAAAAUUCUGGAACGAAUUUGGCAAGUCAAUUAAGCUUGGUAUCAUUGAGGAUGCAACCAACAGAAAUCGCCUUGCAAAACUUCUUCGAUUCGAGACCACUAAAUCAGAUGGUAAGUUAACUUCAUUGGACCAAUACAUCUCAAGAAUGAAGUCCGGACAGAAAGAUAUUUUCUACAUCACUGGAACAAGCAAGGAACAGUUGGAGAAAUCUCCAUUCCUCGAGAGACUAACAAAGAAGAAUUACGAGGUUAUUUUCUUCACCGAUCCAGUGGAUGAGUAUCUGAUGCAAUACCUAAUGGACUAUGAAGACACGAAAUUCCAAAAUGUAUCCAAAGAAGGACUUAAAAUCGGAAAGGAUUCAAAAGACAAAGAGCUUAAAGAGUCGUUCAAGGGCUUGACCAAAUGGUGGAAGGGUGCUCUCGCGAGCGACAACGUCGACGAUGUGAAGAUAAGCAACCGUUUGGCAGACACACCCUGUGUGGUAGUGACAUCAAAAUUCGGCUGGAGUGCAAACAUGGAAAGGAUAAUGCAAUCUCAAACUCUAUCAGAUGCUAACAAGCAGGCUUACAUGAAAGGCAAGAGGGUACUCGAAAUUAACCCGAGGCACCCUAUUAUCAAGGAGCUUCGUGAGAGAGUAUUGAAAGACCCCGAGGAUGAAAGUAUAAAGCAAACAGCACAACUUGUGUACCAAACAGCACUUAUGGAGAGUGGAUUUGUACUGACGGACCCGAAGAGUUUUGCUUCUCAAAUCUACAGCUCGGUGAAGAACAGCCUUGAAAUCAGCCCCGAUGCAGCAGUCGAGGAGGAAGAUGAUGUGGAAGAAUCCGUGAUCGAGUCUGGUGCAACAAAAGACGAAACGGAAGCUUCGUUGAAUGUGGAUGAAGUUAGUGAAGAGGAUGUUAAGGAUGAGUUGUAGGUUUAUGCAUGAAGAAGGAAUUUGUUUCUUUUAUUUACCCCUUCUAUCUGAAAAUCCUUUGAGCUACUGAUUGCAUGCCGAGUCGGUGCACUUUCGGUUAGGGUUAGAAACUUUUCGGGUGUUAUUAGAUCAGUGUAAACCGUAACCACUAAGAAUUUUGCUGUUAUUAGAAACUUUUCGGGUGUUCCAU